GGGCGCGGAUCCGCCCCCUUGGGCACAUGUGCGCGUGCCCGUAGGGGCGCAGGCCGCAUGGCAAGGUCAAAUUACAACGCGGCUGGCGGCGCUGCUAGCUUGAGCGACUUCAAGCAGCUCUCACUUCUUGGCGAGGGCGCGUACUCGGCGGUGUACAAGGUGCUCCGCUUGGCAGACAACGAGGUGUACGCUCUGAAGAAGGUGAAGCUACCGUCUUUGUCUGACAAGGAGAAGCAGAACGCGCUCAACGAGGUUCGGCUACUCGCGUCCGUUCAGCACGACAACGUAGUCGCCUACAAGGAGGCUUUCUUCGACGACCGGACGAGGUGCUUGUGUAUCGUGCAGGAGCUCGCCAACAGCGGGGACCUCUUGCAGCAGGUCAACAAGUGCAAGAAGGAGCGGUGCUACUUGCGAGAGACCGACAUCUGGCGAUACCUGUACGGCAUGAGCCAGGGCCUGAAGGCCCUGCACGAGCUGAAGAUCUUGCACCGCGACCUCAAGUGCGCCAACGUGUUCCUCAACAGCACUCAAGACCUAGGAAUCAUCGCGAAGCUCGGCGACUUCAACGUCUCCAAGGUGGCAAAGAGGGGGCUCUGCAUGACCCAGACAGGGACGCCCUACUACGCCUCGCCAGAGGUAUGGCGCGACAUGCCCUACGACGCCAAGAGCGACAUGUGGUCUUUGGGUUGCGUGCUCUACGAGAUGGUUGCGCUUCAGCCUCCGUUUCGUGCAGAAGAUAUGGAGGGUCUGUAUCGCAAG